AUGUGGCUGUCCGUGGCGGCCCUCGUGGGCCUGUACUACCUCCUGCGCUGGUACUGGGAGAGGCAGGUGGUGAGCCACCUCCAGGACAAGUAUGUCUUCAUCACGGGCUGUGACUCGGGCUUCGGGAACCUGCUGGCCAGGCAGCUGGACCUGCGAGGCUUGAGGGUGCUGGCCGCGUGUCUGACGGAGGAGGGGGCCCAGCAGCUGAGAGCCCAGAGACUCUGGGGCCUGGUCAACAAUGCAGGCAUUUUUCACCCACAUUGCUACAGUGAGUGGCUGAAGAUGGAAGACUAUAUGGAUGUCCUCAAAGUGAACCUCAUUGGUUUGAUUGAGUUGACCUUGAGCAUGCUUCCCUUGGUGAGGAGAGCACGGGGGAGGAUUGUUAAUGUCUCCAGCAUUCUGGGAAGAAUUGCUUUCUUUGGAGGAGUCUACUGUAGUUCCAAGUAUGGAGUAGAAGCCUUUUCAGAUGUUCUCAGGCGUGAGCUUCAACAUUUUGGGGUGAAAAUCAGCAUAGUUGAACCUGGCUACUUCAGAACCGGAAUGACAGAAUCACAGCGGUGCUUAGAGAAACUAAAGCAAGCCUGGGAAGAAGUCCCUGUGCAUAUUAAGGAAGCCUAUGGACAGAAGUUUUUUGAUACCCAUUACGAUGGUGUUAAACAAGGGCUGUUGAAAUGUAGCACAAACCUGAACCUGGUCACUGACUGCAUGGAACAUGCUUUGACAUCUGUGCAUCCCCGCACUCGAUAUUCAGCUGGCUGGGACUCUCUGUUUUUCUUCAUUCCUCUAUCUUAUUUACCCACAUCACUGUCAGACUACAUAUUGACCAGAUCUUGGCCCAAACCAGCCCAGGCAGUCUAA